CAAAAGUCCCCUCCACCAUAUCAUACAGACUUCACAAGAAAAAAAGAAUGGAAAAACGUUUCAAGCUUAGAAUAUGUAAAGCUGUUUCCUCCUUCCAUUCCUCUUGCCGUUCCAAAGAUCCUUCCAUUCUUCCUCAAGAUCCUGUCCCUAAUUCCUUCUUCCGAUCAUCAUCCCUUAACCUUAGCACACAACUUACCGUCAAUAAUUUCCCAAUCACCCCACCCCCACCUUCAAUACCCCAUCACCAUCAGCAUCCUCAUCGUUCCUCCUUCAAACGCCACGUGUCAUCGGCUCUGGUAACCGCCGGCUGCCGGUGUAGCUCGGGGAAUGGAGAAUCAUAUGCAUCCGAUGACAGCCAGACUAGGUCGUCACGUUCACAAGAAUUCAAGUGGAAAAAAGAAGAGAAGUUGCAUGUUGUUAAUAAGAUCGACGAUGACACAGAACAACCUCAUAGGAAAAUUUCCUACUCUUCUGUCUCCGACAAUUCUGACAGUGAGGUUUUAGCCUUACCUCCACCCUCUCAUUCCAUAACAGAGAAGAACAAACGACGAACUCAAAAGAAGAAAAAUAAAACAAGAUUUUGCAUGAGCACGUCAUCUGCUGAUGAAAGUGAUGGGAAUUUUAGUAGUGAAAUUUGGGAUGAAGAAGAUGAGGAGACUGAGACAUUAGUAUCAUCUUGCAGAAGUUUGGAGUAUUCGACUGACUCGUCCUCGGAUUUAAACCAACAAUUGGAGACCAUAUACGAGACUACAAAGACAAGGCGUCAAAAAGGGACGAUUGGCAGCAGCAAGAGGAGGCCGGUGAAGCAUUCAAAACGCAGCGUUUCGAGGGGCAUGAACAUGGGUAGAAGGCUGUCAGUUUCGACUACAUCAUCGGAUAACGAGCUUCCUCCGAGGUUAUCUGUGUUCAAGAAGCUGAUACCUUGUAGCGUUGACGGGAAAGUGAAGGAGAGUUUUGCUAUCGUAAAGAAAUCAGAGGAUCCAUAUGAGGAUUUCAAAAGGUCUAUGAUGGAAAUGAUUUUUGAGAAACAAAUGUUUGAGAAGAAUGAUUUGGAGCAACUUUUGCAGUGUUUUCUAUCACUAAAUGCUAAGCAUUAUCAUGGGGUGAUCGUUGAGGCUUUCUCUGAUAUUUGGAAGACAUUAUUUUCACCUAAUCAUAAUGAUAUAUAGUUCUAGUAUCUGUAACUUCCAGUAAUUUUAGUAGUAGUGAUUUUUCUUUUGUCAUAAAUCAAGAGAUUCUAGGGUUUAAUUACGCCUGUAAUGGAGAACUAGUAUUAGUUGCUAAAAUCAGGGUGAAGUUUUUAGGUUGAAAUUCCUAGCUGUUUUCAGUUAUCAUUUUCGUAACUCGCGCGAUAUGAUGCAAAGUAGGAGUUGAACUUUUAUCCACUAAUGCUUCUUUUAGCUUUGCAUGAAGGGGGUGAUAAAAAGAAAUGGAGAAUGACACAAAUAUGAUCUUUGGUGCUAGCUACCAUUUAAAUUUUGACCCCAAUAAGGAAGGUCUUGAGAAAAUAGUCAUAAAUUCUUAGGCAAGCUCUUGUGGUGAUUCGCAGGAAUUCUGACGGUUGCCAAAAUUUUGCAAAGUUAUGAUGUUGGUAAUUUGGAUAUCUUUAUUCGGUCACUUA